AUGCUCCUCCACUCCUCUUCCGCCUCGCUCUGCUCACAGCAGCCUGCUCCCACGUCUUCCACUUCCCCCUCCGCCACAAACUACCACAAGCUCGUCUCCACCCUCACCUCCAACCAAAAGCCCUACGGCACCAUCCCUCGUCGCCGUCGCAACCGUGCUUCCUCGACCACCUCCAUCCCCACAUCUCCUUCCUCUUCUCGCUCCUCCCAGUCUUCCUCGCGUAACUCGCUCGAGUUCCUCAAAGCCCACUACAUCGCCACUGCCCAAUCCUUCAACUGGCCUACUUCUUCCUCGACUUUCAAGUCUUCGUCGACUCAGUCCAACAACAAGAACAACAAGAACCACCGUUCAACUGGCUGCGCACGCGAAUUCCUCCCCCCACUUGCCCUUCUUGUCGCCAACAGCUCCCCCGUCGUCACUCUCGAUGCUACCCCUCUGAUUCUCACCUCUUUAGAGGCCGUCAGCGCUGAAGAGUACAACAACAAUGCGGAAGAGGGACUUUACCCAGCUUCGGUUGCAGCUAUGGAUAAGUUCAAGGUCAUGCGUUCCGACACGAUCGCAUUAAAGACCUUUACAUAUCGCGAAACUCCCGUGAUUGAGGUCAAGCGUCCUAGGACGCCUCUCUUGACCCAGCGCCGUCGUCCCGUUAGCAUCCCCCAUCCUGCUACUGCGGACAUUGCCGCUGCUGCUUCCACUCCAGCUGCUCCUGAGGAAGAGUUGUUGCCUUUGCCACGCCACUUGGCUUGUCGCGAAACCCGGUCCAACCCGGAUUACUUGCGCAUGAUGGCUUCCGAGUUGAGGAUGAUCCGCGCUCGCAAGCUGAUUGCUCCCUUGAAGCCCCGCAGUUACCUCCCCCGUCGUCAUGAACUCUUCUCUCCAGUCAAGUCGUCCCUCUCGGUCUCAAUGGAGAUGCCUUGCGAGGAGGAUGACCACCCUUUGAACAACCUCUUGGUCGGCUCCUGGACUUCGUUCUCUUCAACAGAGUCCUUCCUCUCUUCGACCUCUUCCAACUAUGCAACUGCCGACGAGAGCUUUGAUUAA